GCGCAGUAGCCACAAGCACCGGUCAUCAUGGCGGCUUACAGGAUAACGCCAAGCUUUCAAAGAGUCUUGCACGCUGUAAAGCUCGCCUCUCUGCGGCCCACGUGCUGGCUCAUAAGCCGCCAUGCCUGCUACUCCACUGUGUGUAACCUCGAUGAGAAGACCUUUGAUAAGAUCCUCAUCGCAAACAGAGGAGAGAUCGCCUGCAGGGUAAUGAAAACGUGUAAGAAGAUGGCGAUCAGGACGGUCGCUGUGCACAGUGACGUAGACUCGAGCGCGGUUCACGUGAAGAUGGCGGACGAGGCCGUGUGUGUAGGUCCAGCCCCGACUAAUAAGAGCUACCUUAACAUGGACGCCAUCAUGGAUGCCAUCCGAACCACAGGAGCUCAAGCUGUCCACCCGGGCUAUGGCUUCCUGUCAGAGAAUAAAGAGUUUGCUCGGAGGCUGGCGGCUGAGGGGGUCGCCUUCAUCGGUCCUGACACGCACGCCAUCCAGGCCAUGGGCGACAAAAUCGAGAGCAAACUCAUCGCCAAGGCGGCCAAAGUCAACACCAUUCCUGGCUUCGAUGGAGUCGUGAAGAAUGCAGAGGAGGCGGUGAAGAUUGCGGCAGAAAUCGGUUACCCAGUUAUGAUCAAAGCGUCUGCAGGUGGUGGUGGUAAAGGCAUGAGGAUCGCCUGGAACGAUGAGGAGACCAAGGAAGGGUUUCGUUUUUCCUCCCAGGAGGCUGCGUCCAGUUUCGGAGACGAUCGACUCCUGAUUGAGAAGUACAUCGAUAAUCCGAGACACAUCGAGAUCCAGGUCUUGGCUGAUAAGCAUGGAAAUGCUCUGUGGCUGAACGAGAGAGAGUGCUCCAUCCAGAGACGCAACCAGAAAGUGGUGGAGGAGGCACCCAGCACAUUCCUGGACCCGGCCACCCGGCGUGCGAUGGGAGAACAAGCCGUGUCUCUGGCGAAAGCUGUUAAAUACUCCUCAGCAGGCACGGUUGAGUUCCUGGUCGACUCCAAGAAGAACUUCUACUUCCUCGAGAUGAACACACGCCUCCAGGUGGAGCACCCCAUCACUGAGUGCAUCACAGGGUUGGAUCUGGUGCAACAGAUGAUCAGAGUUGCCAGGGGUUAUGAGCUCCAGCACAAACAGGAAGACAUCCCUAUUAACGGCUGGGCCAUGGAGAGCCGAGUCUACGCCGAGGAUCCCUACAAAUCAUUCGGGCUUCCCUCCAUCGGUCGACUGUGUCAGUACGAGGAGCCAGUGAACCUCACUGGUGUGCGUGUGGACAGCGGCAUUCAAGAAGGAAGUGACAUCAGCAUCUACUACGACCCCAUGAUCUCCAAAUUGGUGACUUACGGAGCUACGAGAGCUGAGGCACUAAAGAGGAUGGAGGAUGCGCUGGAUAACUACGUCAUCAGAGGUGUGACCCAUAACAUUCCUCUCCUGAGGGAGAUCAUCGUUCACCCGCGUUUCAUCUCAGGUGACAUCAGCACCAACUUCCUACCUGAGGUUUACCCCGACGGGUUCAAAGGUCACCCGCUGUCGGCCGGCGAGAAGCGCGAGCUCCUGGCCGCUGCCUCGGCCCUGUACGUAGCCACGCAGCUCCGCUCGCAGAAGUUCCUGGGACAGCUGAGAGUCUCUAACACUGUUCAGGAGAGGAAGAACUGGGAGCUGUGUGUGGAGCUGGACAAAGCAUCUCACGUGUUGCGUGUAACCCGCUCUGGACGCAGCUACACAGUGGAGAUUGACGGCGAGAAAGUGGAUGUGUCCGGAGAGUGGAAUCUGGCCUCUGCACUUCUGCCCCUCACCAUUAACGGCAACCACAGAGUUCUACAGUGUCUAUCACGUAACAGUUCAGGCGAGAUCACGCUGCAGUAUCUGGGCACUUCGUUUAAGGUGCGAGUGUUGAGUAAGCUGGCGGCGUCCCUCAGUAAGCACAUGCCCGAGAAGGUUCCGGAAGACUCCAGCAGCAUCCUGAGAUCUCCCAUGCCCGGGACCGUGGUCGCCGUUUCUGUCCAAGCCGGAGACACGGUUGCAGAGGGCCAGGAGAUCUGUGUGAUUGAAGCGAUGAAGAUGCAGAACAGCAUGACCGCUGCCAAAACCGCCAAGGUUAAAAGUGUGCACUGUAAAGCUGGGGAGACAGUUGGUGAGGGAGAUCUGCUGGUGGAGCUGGAGUAAACACACUCACACACACACAGACUUGUCUCCACUCCACUGUCUGGACACACAGACUCAAACACUACUAGACUGGAGUGAUCGUCACACCUUUAGUCUUUGACUCGUCUCUCUCUCUCGCUCUCUCUCUCUCUCUCUCUCUCUACUCUGGUGAUGUGAUGGUUUUAAGCGUCUAUGUGUGAUUUUCCUGUCGGACUUCAACGGCCAAUAUUCACAUAAACGUAACCUGACCCGUGCCUUUAAGCAACAUCAUGGUGUGUGAUCACAUGGACAUUUCAUUACUGUGUCAUCUGAGAGCGCGGAGACGUUUUUGUACUUCUUCCGAAGAUUGUGCUUCACACUCGUGCAGGCCUGAUUUUGCUGAGUCACUGGCGUUUGUGCGUCGAUGUAGGCGGAGCUUAAACAGGAAAUAAAAACAGAACCCUGAGUAACACCUAGCUUCAUGAAGAAUGAAAUAGCUCCGCCCAUUCUGACCAUGAACGUCAGUCACACAGCAAAUCAGCACACGUGUGUGUGUGUGUUUUUUCUGCCUCAUUUUACUUUCUCCCUUAAUUGUUUGGAGGUGUGCAUACUUUUUGGUGAUUAAGGUUAAACCUAUUUUGGGCUGAAAGGACCAGAAAAACUCCACACUCCAUCCCUGCAGUGUGUGUGUGUGUGUGUGUGUGUGUGUUUUCUGAUAAAACAGGACAAAGAAAGAACAUCACCAGAGCCACCGAGUAGCUUCCUGCACUUAUCACAGCUGUACACAAUGUCAUCAUGGACCCGUGUUCUAACUGUAAAUGUUAAUAAUAAAAAGAAUCACUCUUUGUUAUAAUAAAAGCAGCUCUGGUGUGGAAAAGCGUCA